AUGGGGGUUGUGCUGGCCCUGCGCGGAGGUGGGGGUCUGUCCAUCCCCUCCUCUGCAUCCCCCAGCGAUGUGAUCUCCCUGCUGCACCGGGAAAGGGCCUCCCAGGACACAUGGGUGGAUGUAGCCAAGGCAUUUCUUCUGCACGGCAACACCGAUGUGUACCAGGCGGUGCUGCAGGGUCUGGUGGCCCAGGCCACGGGCUCUGCCCCGGAGCCCGUCACCUUCCCCGUGCUACAAGCCCACUGUGCCCUGGCCGCCUGGCACUCCCACCGGGGUCGUAACAACCGCAGCAUUGCACGUGCAGCAUUCGACGAGGCCAGCACUCUCCUGUUGAAUGCACGUAACAGGGCCCUGGACGACGCACUGCCCCUGCUGUGCAUGGGACAGCUAGCCCUGGACAAGGACAACAAUCGUGUCGCAGCUCGCCAGCAAUUUGUCCAGGCCAGCAAGCACCUGCUGGGAGGGCGACCGACCAUUGCCCCCACUCUGGCACUGGCGGCUCUGGAGUUUGGGGAAGGGAACUACAAGGAGGCACUGGAUAGGUACAAGGAGGCGCUGCGGAGGCACCCUGGCUGCCCUGCCGAGGUGCGGCUGGGCCUGGCGGCCUGCCUCUUCCGCCUGGGGGAUGUGGUACAGGCGGGCGCGGCAUACCAGCGAGCACUGGACCUGGACCCCUCCUGCACCCAGGCCCUCCUGGGCCUGGCCGUGCUCAAGCUCAGUGCCAGUCAGACGAGCGAGGACAUGCGGGACGGCUCCCGGCUCCUGGUCAGGGCCUUUGAGCAGGACCCCGAGAACCCCUACACCCUUGUCCUCUUGGCCUACUUCAGCCUGCAGCAGGGCUUUGUGGAUGGGGCCGCCAAGCUGGCCAAAGCCGCGCUGGAUGCUUCUGACUCGGAGCCGCUGCGGCUGGAGUGCACGACGGUGCUGGCGCGCGCGCUGCAUGCGCAGGGCCGCAACGGCGAGGCCUUCCGCCUCUACUCCCAGGCCGCGACGUUGGACCCGCGCGCACCGCUACCCGCGCUGGGCCUGGGCCAGCUGUCGCUGCUACGCGGGGAGCUGACAAAUGCCGCCUCGGUGCUGGAGGGGGCUCUGACUGUCGUGCCGGCCUGGACCGACGCAUUGCAGGUGCUGGGGAAGCUGUACCCGCGGCUGCGGCUCGGACCCGAUGCGGCGGGCAUCCCCCACUUCAAGGCCGCGCUGAAGCGAUUGGGCGAGCGCGCCGACCUGUGGGAGAUGCUGGGCGAUGUGCUGGCACCGCUCGACCCCGGGGGUGCCCUGGCGGCGUACCAGCACGCGGUCGCACUGUGGGGGCCUGCCAACGCCGGGGACGCGGUGCAGGCGGGGGCUGACAGGGCCCCAUCGGCCACGCCCUCAUCCCCGUCGCCCCACCCUGCUCCCUCUGCGCGCCUGCUGAACAACACGGCGGUGCUGCAGCUGCGGGCGGGGCAGGCGCCGCGCGCUGCGGCCAGCAUGGAGGCCGCGCUGGCGGCGGCGGCCGAGGGGCGGCUGGACGGGCUGGGCGCGGAGGCGCGGGUGACGCUGGGCUUCAACGCCGCGCGACGCAAGACGCCACGCGACGUCGAGCGCGCGGAGGUGCACUUUUCGUAUGCCGCCCGCGAGUAUGCGCGCGCUCUCGAGCGCGACCCUGCCAACCUCUGGGCCGCCCAGGGGCUGGGCUGCGUGCUGGCCGAGGCGGGGCACCUGCGCGAGGCGCGCGUGGCCUUCACCGCGGUCAACGAGGCGGCGGCGGCCUCGGGCGGCUUCGUGGCCGCGCCCGACGCCGGGGUCAACCUCGCGCAUGAUGGCGAGGAGGCGCCCGGCACCGCCGCCCUGGCUGCUGCGGGCCUACUCUCCUCGGACGAGGAGGAGUACGCCGCCGGGCCCGGGAGCGAAGAGGAGGAGGCGGCGGAGGGGCAGCGGCCGCGUAAGCGGAAAUCGUCGUCGGCGAAGGCGAGCGACCAGGCCGGGACGAGGAAGAAGAAGGCCAAGCUGCUGCGCAAGGGCAGGAGGGGAGGGAACGGAGCGGCGGAUGAGCGUGCAGGGGACAUGGGCGCAGAGGGCGACGCCAUGGGCGCCGCGCACGACGGUGUGGAAGCGAGGGACGAGGACGGAGCUGACGCCAGGGACUCGGGGCUGAUCACCACGGACGCAGAUGUGCCAGGGACAGCCGAGGGCAGGACGGCCGCCGAGGCCAUGGCCGACCUCUUUGGCUCAGACUCAGACGGCGGCAGCUUUGCGCCGGGGGCCAGUGACGACGACGAGGACCAGGAGGAGCUCGAAGAGGCGGCCGAAGGAGGGGCAGGGGAGGAGAGCGACGGCGGCGUAGGUGUGUGA